AUGGGGGACGAAGCCCCGCCGUGGGGGGAAGUUAAGAAGGUCAGCCCGCCGCCCCGCCGCAGCCAGCCCGUGCCCCGCCGCAGCCAGCCCGCCGCCCACGCCGCGGCCAGCCUGCCGCGCCGCACCAGCCAGCCGCCCCCGCCGCAGCCAGCCCGCCACCCCCGCCGCAGCCAGCCCACCGCCCCAGCCGCAGCCAGCCCGCCGCCCCCGCUGCGGCCACCUGCCGCCCCGCCGCGGCCAGCCCGCCACCCCGCCGCGGCCAGCCCGCCGCCCCCGCCGCAGCCAGCCCGCCGCCCCCGCCGUGGCCAGCCCGACGCCCCCGCCGCGGCCAGGUCGCCGUCCCCGCCGGGGCCAACCCGCCGCCCCCGCCCCGGCCAGCACGCCGCCCCCGCCGCGGCCAGCCCGCCGACCCCGCCGCGGCCAGCCCGCCACCCCGCCGCGGCCAGCCCGCCGCCCCUGCCGCGGCGAGCACGCCGCCCCCGCCGCGGCCAGCCCGCCGCCCCCGCCGCGGCCAGCCCGCCGCCCCCGCCGUGGCCAGUCCGCCGCCCCAGCCGCGGCCAGCCGUUCCCGCGCGCCGCGCCCCAGUGUCCUGUGGCCUGCCAGGCAACACGCGGGAAAGGCGCGCACCUGGAGACCCCGGAGGAAGGAACUCAGUGCUAA